AUGCUUGCGGCAUUCCCGGUGCGCAAGCACGUUUCGGCGGCGGCCACCUCGGGACCCAAGGGGGUCUCCAAGGCCGCGUCCUGUCCCGCCCCGGCCCCACACCCACCCACCGAAUGUUCGGGACGGGUCCCGUCCGAGGCGCUUCCCGAAACUACGACCUUUUUUGCGAGCCACCCGGGCGCUGCGACCAAGUGCGUUGCUAGCCGCCCUGCUCCCGUCCGCCCUGCCUCGCAGGCCAAGUCUGACCGCAAGCGCAAGCGCACGCGCCAGACAGGCGCCUCGUCAUCACUGCUUUUUGGCACCCCGUCGGCCUCGGCUGGCCCGUCGUGCGGGCCAAGUGGUCAACUGCACCUCGUCACCCGCACUGACCCGCACCUCCCGUCAGCCACCACCGCUGCCGCCACCUCGUCGGGCUCGCUCGUCCUCGGGCAGGGCGGGUCAGCCGGAGUGGUGACCUCGGACGAGGACGCUGUGCUGGCGCUGCCGACCGAGCCUGUUGGCUCGUCGCAGCUCUCGGGCCUCGCUCUUGACCCGUCUUCGGGCGCGGCGGCGCUGGCGGCCGCGGCAACGGCCGCCGCUGCCCAAGUGGCGAGCGACGUCGCCGACGACAAUGCCCGGCCGUCGAAGAGGCACAAGCGCCUGCUUGCGGUCUCACCUGAGACCGGCGCAGUGUCGGGCCUCGCUGUCCGCCGGCGGGUCCGCCGCCGCAAGCGGAUCGUUGUGGCCCGCCCAACCUUUUCCACCCGCUCGAUCUCAAGCACCAUCGAGGCCGCGCAGCCGUGUGCAGACGACGAGCUUCCGGAGGAUGCAAGCCCAGGCUUGCCAACCGAGGCCAAUCAAGCCGAAGCGUGCGCCACCGCCACGCCACCGACGCAAGUUGUCGAUGAGGUGACGACACCCGAGCCCGAGGCCGAUAGACCGCGCCUUUAUCGUGGCUCGCUCUCGUCUCCGCUUGACAUUGCAAUCUCGACGGGCUCGUCCGGCGGGGCGGCGUCGAUGCCGUCGAUGCGCGCAUCGCAAGUGCCGAUUGGCUCGGCAUUUGCGAGCUUUGCGCGCGCGGCGGCCAAGCAGGCGACCGUUCUCGCGCCGCAGCCAUCAGUCUGCAUCCCGCCCGGCCCGCUUCGCCGAAAACACGGUUCUCCGUGA